AUGAGGAAUCUCGCCCCCGGCCUCGCCGCCCUGGCCCUCGCCAGCACCGCCUGUGCACAAGGCUCCUUGUCUAACGGGACAUCACCAGUCUACAAGAACCCCAAUGCCACCGUCGACGACCGGGUGGCUGAUUUGCUGAGCCGCAUGACAAAGGAGGACAAGGCCUCCCAGCUGCUCCAGGGUGAUUUCACCAACUGGAUCAAUGUCACAGAUGGCAGCUUCAAUGCCAGCGGCCUGGAGUGGAACAUGCAGUACCGGUCCGCCGCCUUCUACGUUGGUUACUACACCAACUGGACAACUCUCUCCGAAGGUAUCAAGGUCGCCCAGGACUACCUGACCAAGAACACUACCCUCGGCAUUCCCGCCUGGGUCCAGUCCGAGGGCAUCCACGGCUUUCUGGCCGCCAAUGCCACCGUCUUCAACUCGCCAAUCGCUUUUGCCUGUGCCUGGAACCCAGAUCUGGUCGAGAAGAUGGGACAGGCCGUUGCGCAGGAAGCCCUAGCCCUGGGUGUAAACAACAUAUUUGCCCCCGUGGUCGACCUUGCUCGUGAGCUGAGGUUUGGCCGGGUCGAGGAGACGUACGGAGAGGACCCGUACCUCGCAGGAGAGCUCGGACACAGCUACGUCAAGGGCUUGCAGUCUCGCAACGUCGCGGCCAUGGUCAAACACUUUGCUGCCUUUGCCACGCCCGAGCAGGGGAUCAACACGGCCCCCGUGCACGGAGGAGAGCGAGAGCUCCGGACAACCUACCUGCCUCCUUUCAAGCGCGCCAUCAUCGAUGCCGAUGCCAUGAGCAUCAUGUCGGCAUACCACUGCUAUGAUGGCGUGCCAGCCGUAGCUGACCACCACACGCUGACUGAGAUUCUUCGGGAUGAAUGGGGCUACGAACACUUUGUGAUGAGUGAUGCGGGAGGCACCGAUCGUGUCUGCACCGCUUUUGGUCUUUGCCAAGCCUCUCCCAUCGACUCCGAGGCUGUUGUGUCCCUGGUUCUCCCGGCCGGGAACGACAUGGAGAUGGGCGGUGGAUCCUACAAUUUCCAAAAGAUCCCCGACAUGAUCGAAGCUGGCAAGAUUGAUGAGGCAGUUGUCGACCUCGCCGUCUCCCGAGUUCUCCGGGCCAAGUUCAAGAUGGGUUUGUUUGAAAACCCAUUCCCGGGCGUCGCAGAGGACGAGUUUGAGAACUAUAUCAACACCAACGAAACGCAGCAACUCGCACGUCAGCUCGACACCGAGUCCAUUGUCCUGCUCGAGAACCACAACAAUGUUCUUCCGCUGAGCAAGAGUGCCAACGUGGCUGUGAUCGGUCCCAUGGCCCACGGUCUGAUGAACUAUGGCGACUAUGUCGUGUAUAAAGCUAGCUACCGCGGUGUUACGCCACUUGACGGUAUCAAUGCGGUCAGCGAGGGCACCGUUACCUACGCCCAGGGGUGCGAGCGCUGGUCGACUGACGAGUCUGGGUUCGCCGAGGCCAUUGCCGCCGCCGAGGCCGCCGACGUUGCCGUUGUCGUCGUCGGGACUUGGUCCCGCGACCAAGGCGAACUGUGGACCGGUCUCAACGCCACCACGGGGGAGCACAUUGACAUUUCGGAUUUCAAGCUCGUGGGCGCCAUGCCGAAGCUUGUACAAGCAAUCAUCAACACGGGCAAGCCGACUGUGGUGGUUUUCAGCUCAGGGAAGCCAAUCACCGAGCCGUGGAUCAGCACCAACGCCUCAGCCCUCGUGCAGCAGUUCUAUCCUUCGGAGCAGGGAGGCAACGCCCUCGCCGACGUGCUGUAUGGAAACUACAACCCGAGUGGGCGCCUAAGUGUUUCCUUCCCGUACGACGUGGGAACAACCCCAAUCUACUAUGACCACCUCAACUCGGCCCGCGCUUUUCCCAACCCUGGACAAGUCUUCCCCAACGGCACAUUGGUAUAUGGCAACAACUAUGUGCUGCAGUCGCCGGUGGCGCUAUACGACUUCGGCUACGGUCUUUCGUACUCCAGCUUCUCGUACUCGCCGGUCACCCUGUCUUCCACCACUGCGUCCGCGACCGACAAGAUCACAGUCUCGGUCGACGUGACAAAUAACAGCACGGUCGACGGGACAGAAGUCGUGCAAGUCUACGUAAAGGACGACGUCAGCUCAGUCGUUGUCCCCAACAAGCAGCUCAAGGGCUUCGCCAAGGUCCCAAUCGCUGCUGGUGCAACGGAGACGGUCAGCGUCGACUUGAAUGUGGCAGAUCUGGGACUUUGGGACUUGAAGAUGAACUAUGUCGUUGAGCCUGGCAACUUCACUAUUUUUGUUGGCAGCUCAAGCAAAAACUUGCCUGUGAAUGCCACUCUGACAGUUGCUUGAACGAGGAGGGCCCUUCCAGUAUAGACUGGUAAGCAGGGAUAGUGUAAC